AUGAAGUCAAUAAAAAAAGAGGAGAAAAAAAGAAACAUAAUUUAUACGGAACCAGGUAAUGAUAAUGUGAUAACAUUGGAUGAAUGGUGUGAUUGCUUUGCAUGGGCUGAUGAUGAUCAUCAUGAACCACCAUGUCAUGCGGUAAAACAUCAACAAGAUCCGCAUUUAUUAGGAGUUUUUCAUCCACGUUGUACAUUGGAAGGAUAUUAUAAGGCAGAACAGUGUCAUGAGAAUUCUUGUUGGUGUGUUGAUAAAUAUGGUCGAGAAUUUGAUAAAUCACGGGUAAUAGGUCGUCUUCCAGAUUGUGGACAAUAUGCGACCGAAAUGGAUGAGGAUGAAAAGGAGGAUCUUCUGGCAGAAUUGUAA